AUGUUUCGUCCCCUCAGCGCCCGGCUCGCUUUGAUGGGCCGUCCCAUCACUCAGCACGCCCAGACACGCUCCAAGUCCACUCUGACUGCCCAAGCAGGCAUCGCGAUUAUCAGGCCUCAGCACCAACAACAGUCGAGAUCCAUCAGCGGCAGCCCCAAUGUCAGAGAGAAGCCCCAUCCCGGCCAGUACUCGAGAACCGACCCUGACGUUACGGUCGAGUACCCCGAGGACCACGAGCUUCCUUCCAGUAAGCCUGUCCGCGGCCACGGCGGUGGCAUCGGCAAGCCCACACUUGCAUCUUUCUCUCUGGAGGGCAAUGUCGGCGUCGUCACCGGUGGUGCCCGCGGUCUGGGCUUAGUUAUGGGCCAGGGCAUGGUCUACUCUGGCAGCGAUCUCGCCAUUGUCGACCUCAACAAGGAAGAGGCAGAGCUCCAGGCCAAGAACCUGAUCGAGGCAUUCAAGAGAGAAAACCCCGAGGCAAAAAGAGCCCCCAAGGUCACUGCCCACCACGCAGACGUCUCAGACCAGGCAUCCGUCGAGGCCUGCCUUGCUGAGGUCCUCGCUGCUCACGGCAAGAUUGACAACUUAGUCACAUCGGCCGGCUUCACCGAGAACUUCGACGCUGUUAACUACCCAAUCGAUCGCAUGCGCAAGCUCUGGGGAGUUAACGUGGACGGCACCUAUCUCUUUGCGAUUGGCGUUGCCAAGCACCUCAUGGAGCGCAAGUCGCCUGGCAGCAUGGUCUUUAUUGGCAGCAUGUCUGGUUCGAUUGUCAACGUCCCUCAGCCACAGGCACCUUACAAUGCCGCCAAGGCUGGUGUCCGCCACCUGGCUGCUUCCUUGGCUGUCGAAUGGGCCCACGCCGGGAUCCGCGUCAACUGCAUUUCGCCCGGCUACAUGCUCACAGCUUUGACCGAGAAGAUCCUCGACGACAACCCGGACCUCAAGCAGAAGUGGACAUCCCUAAUUCCCCAGGGCAAGAUGGGUCAGCCUAAGGACUUGAUGGGCCCCGUGACUUUCCUCCUGUCCGACGCUGCCCAGUACGUCACGGGCGCUGACCUUCGAGUCGACGGCGGUUACACUGUUACAUAA